GAAAAAAAAAUCCAGGAAAUAUGAGGAGUUCAGUUGGUUUGCUAGUACAAAUAUUGGUUGGCUUUGUAUUAGUUGCUUCUUCUACAGCCAACUUUUACCAGGACUUUGAUGUUACUUGGGGAGAUGGUAGAGGUAAGAUACUGAACAACGGCCAGCUUCUUACUCUCUCCCUGGACAAAUUCUCUGGCUCAGGUUUCCAAUCCAAGAAUGAGUAUAUCUUUGGGAAGAUUGAUAUGCAGCUUAAGCUCGUUCCAGGCAACUCUGCUGGCACUGUUACUACAUACUAUCUACGUUCACAAGGGUCGACUUGGGAUGAAAUCGACUUCGAAUUCUUGGGGAACCUCAGCGGCGAGCCUUACAUAGUUCACACAAAUGUAUUUAGCCAGGGAAAAGGUAACAGAGAGCAACAGUUUUACCUUUGGUUCGACCCCACGAAUGAUUUCCAUACCUACUCUGUUCUUUGGAACCCUCAACGUAUUAUCUUCUCUGUUGAUGGCACUCCAAUUAGAGAGUUCAAGAACUUGGAAUCAAUUGGCAUUCCAUUCCCAAAGAACCAGCCCAUGAGAAUAUACUCUAGUCUCUGGAACGCCGAUGACUGGGCUACUCGAGGUGGCCUAGUCAAGACAGACUGGAGCAAAGCUCCCUUUACUGCUUCUUACAGGAAUUUCAAGGCUGAUGCUUGUGUCUGGUCUUCAGGCAAAUCUUCUUGUUCUUCAAGCUCACAGUCUAGACCCGCUUGGCUGUCGCAAGAACUUGAUACAACAAGCCAACAAAGGCUCCAAUGGGUUCAGAAAAAUUACAUGAUUUACAACUACUGUACGGACACCAAACGAUUUCCUCAGGGCCUCCCUAAAGAAUGCACUGCUCAUUAAUAAUGUCCGACGACAGAUAUUGUUCAGAGCCUUAUAUGUAAUUAUAAAUUCACCAAUGUUAUCAUUUUCCCCUUCCUGUUAUUGUUAUGGUAUUUUUGUUUCAUUCUAUAUUUUUCAACUUUUAAUAUAAUUAAGCUCAAUAAUAAUGUUAUAUUCCGAGUAUUACGUGGUGUUCUCUGUUUUUUUCCAACAAAAUCUCCUUAUCCUGCAGUAGAAUUUCGUGGGGGAAAGUACAAAAAAUUAUGCAUGUGGUAAAUGGAAAGUGGCUGGAUGUUGACGACAAGUAGACAAUCUCAUCCAUGACCUCGUACUUGCGCACAUGUUUUUGUCUUUAAUUGAAGCCAAAAAGUGCUUUAAAAUAAUUGAAACAAAAUAUCUGACGACGUCCAAAAUACGGAAAUAUACAAUUUUUUUU